AUCACUCCGUACUAAUGGAAAAAUAACUGGAACUGACUUUGAUGAUAAAAUCAAGGACCAGACAAGAUCCCACAAUAGAAACUUUGCUUCCAAAUGAAGGCGCCAACAUUUUAAAUUUCUACUUAUUCUAAAGGUUCCUUUUACAACUAUAUCAGAGACUGCAUUAAUCUCCUAAGAAAUCACUAAAUAAUACUCUGAGACAUUUAGAAUGAACAAGUUGUUUAUCUAAUUGACCUGACAGCAUCGAGACUAGAACCAUCUCUGGACCUCAUCGUUGUUCCGUCCCACAGAAGCUGCCCUCUGGAACACUAUAUUUGACCAUACCAGUUUUGAGAACUCAUUAUGAACAAAGAAGUCUCCCAGGUGUGAAGUUUUCAACAUGAGUGGCCUUGGGGACAGUUCUUCCGACCCUGCAAACCCAGACUCACAUAAGAGAAAAGGAUCACCAUGUGACACACUGGCGUCAAGCACUGAAAAGAGACGCAGGGAGCAAGAAAAUAAAUAUUUAGAAGAAUUAGCUGAAUUACUGUCUGCCAACAUCAGUGACAUUGACAGCCUGAGUGUAAAACCAGAUAAAUGCAAGAUUUUGAAGAAAACAGUCGAUCAGAUACAGUUAAUGAAGAGAAUGGAACAAGAAAAAUCAACAACUGAUGAUGAUGUACAGAAAUCAGAUAUCUCUUCGAGUAGUCAAGGAGUGAUUGAAAAGGAAUCCUUAGGACCUCUUCUUUUGGAGGCUUUGGAUGGAUUUUUCUUUGUUGUGAACUGUGAAGGAAGAAUUGUAUUUGUAUCAGAGAAUGUAACGAGCUACUUGGGUUACAAUCAGGAGGAAUUAAUGAAUACCAGCGUCUACAGCAUACUGCAUGUGGGAGAUCACGCAGAAUUUGUCAAGAAUCUGCUACCAAAAUCACUAGUAAACGGUGUUCCUUGGCCUCAAGAGGCAGCUCGCCGCAAUAGCCAUACUUUUAACUGCAGGAUGCUAAUUCACCCUCCAGACGAGCCAGGUACUGAGAACCAAGAAGCCUGCCAGCGGUAUGAAGUCAUGCAGUGCUUCACCGUGUCACAGCCAAAAUCAAUUCAGGAAGACGGAGAAGAUUUCCAGUCAUGUUUGAUUUGUAUUGCACGACGAUUACCUCGGCCUCCAGCUAUUACAGGUGUUGAAUCCUUUAUGACCAAGCAAGACACUACAGGUAAAAUCAUCUCUAUUGAUACUAGUUCUCUGAGAGCUGCUGGAAGAACUGGCUGGGAAGAUUUAGUGAGGAAAUGCAUCUAUGCUUUUUUCCAACCUCAGGGCAGAGAGCCAUCUUAUGCCAGACAACUGUUUCAAGAAGUGAUGACCCGUGGCACUGCCUCCAGCCCAUCCUAUAGAUUCAUAUUGAAUGAUGGGACAAUGCUUAGCGCCCACACCAAGUGUAAACUUUGCUACCCUCAAAGUCCAGACAUGCAACCUUUCAUCAUGGGAAUUCAUAUCAUCGACAGGGCACACAGUGGACUUUCUCCUCAAGAUGACCCUAAUUCUGGAAUGUCAGUUCCCCGAAUAAACCCCUCCAUCAAUCCUAGUAUCUCUCCAGCUCAUGGUAUGGCCCGUUCAUCCACAUUACCACCAUCCAGCAACAACAUGGUCUCUGCCAGAGUAAACCGCCAACAGAGUUCAGACCUUCACAGCAGCAGCAGUCAUAGUAACUCUAAUAACCAAGGGAGUUUUGGAUGCUCACCUGGAAAUCAGAUUGUAGCCAAUGUUGCCUUAAACCAGGGACAGGCAAGUUCCCAGAGCAGUAAUCCCUCUUUAAACCUCAGUAAUUCUCCUAUGGAAGAUACAGGAAUUUCCCUAGCACAGUUCAUGUCUCCAAGGAGACAGGUUACUUCUGGCCUGGCAACAAGGACCAGGAUGCCAAGCAAUUCAUUUCCUCCAAAUAUUCCAACAUUAAACUCUCCGGUUGGCAUUGCAAAUAGUGCCUGUAAUAAUAAUAAUAACCGAUCCUAUUCAAACAUCCCAGUCACAUCAUUACAAGGUAUGAAUGAAGGACCCAAUAACUCUGUUGGCUUCUCUGCCAGUUCUCCAGUCCUCAGGCAGAUGGGCUCACAGAAUUCACCUAGCAGACUAAAUAUACAACCAGCAAAAGCUGAGUCCAAAGAUAACAAGGAGAUUGCAUCUAUUUUAAAUGAAAUGAUUCAGUCUGACAACAGCACAAGUGAUGGUAAACCUCUGGAUUCAGGGCUUCUGCACAACAAUGACAGACUCUCAGAUGGAGACAGUAAAUACUCUCAGACCAGUCACAAACUUGUGCAGCUAUUGACAACAACUGCAGAGCAGCAGCUACGGCAUGCUGAUAUAGACACGAGCUGCAAAGAGGUACUGUCUUGCACGGGCACUUCCAGCUCUGCCUCUGCUAACUCUUCAGGGGGUACUUGCCCGUCCUCUCAUAGCUCCCUGACUGAGCGCCACAAAAUUCUUCACCGGCUUUUACAGGAGGGUAGCCCUUCUGAUAUUACCACACUGUCUGUGGAACCUGAUAAAAAGGAUAGCACAUCUACUUCUGUGUCAGUGACUGGACAAGCCCAAGGGAACUCCAGUAUAAAACUAGAACUGGAUGCUUCAAAGAAAAAAGAAUCAAAAGACCAUCAGCUCUUACGCUACCUGCUAGACAAAGAUGAGAAAGAUUUAAGAUCAACUCCAAACUUGAGCCUGGAUGAUGUAAAGGUGAAAGUGGAAAAGAAAGAACAGAUGGAUCCUUGUAACACAAACCCAGCCCCAAUGACCAAACCUGCUCCUGAGGAAGUUAAACUGGAGUCCCAGAGCCAGUUUUCAGCUGACCUAGACCAGUUUGAUCAGUUACUGCCCACGCUAGAGAAGGCGGCGCAGUUGCCGAGCUUAUGUGAGACGGACAGGCUGGAUGGGGCAGCCACUGGUAUAAACAUCAAGUCGGAGAUCCUGCCAGCUUCACUUCAGACCACCACUGCCAGACCCACUUCCAGACUGAAUAGAUUGCCUGAGCUAGAAUUAGAAGCAAUUGAUAACCAGUUUGGACAGCCAGGAACAGGCGAUCAGAUUCCUUGGGCAAAUAAUACGGUGGCGGCUGUCAGUCAGAACAAAGCAGAAGACCAGUGUAUUAGUUCACAAUUAGAUGAGCUUCUCUGUCCACCAACAACAGUAGAAGGCAGAAAUGACGAGAAAGCUCUUCUGGAACAACUGGUGUCCUUCCUCAGUGGCAAAGACGAAACUGAGCUUGCUGAACUGGAUAGAGCACUGGGAAUUGACAAACUUGUUCAGGGGGGUGGAUUAGAUGUAUUAUCAGAGAGGUUUCCAGCACAGCAAGCAACACCACCUUUGAUGAUGGAAGAAAGACCUACCCUCUAUACCCAGCCAUACUCGUCCCCUUCUCCAACUUCUACUCUACCUAGCCCCUUCCAAGGCAUGGUCAGGCAGAAACCUUCCCUGGGGGCUAUGCCUGUUCAAGUCACAUCUCCCCGAGGCCCGUUUUCCCCUGGCAUGGGCAUGCAGCCCCGGCAAACGCUGAACAGACCUCCAGCUGCACCUAACCAGCUUCGACUUCAACUACAGCAGCGAUUGCAGGGACAGCAACAGUUAAUACACCAGAACCGGCAAGCUAUUUUAAACCAGUUUGCAGCAACUGCUCCUGUUGGCAUCAACAUGAGAUCAAGCAUGCAGCAGCAAAUUACCCCUCAGCCCCCCCUGAAUGCACAGAUGUUAGCACAACGUCAGCGGGAGUUGUACAGUCAGCAGCACCGACAGAGGCAGCUAAUCCAGCAGCAAAGAGCCAUGCUCAUGCGGCAGCAGAGCUUCGGGAACAGCCUCCCUCCCUCAUCUGGACUGCCAGUUCAGAUGGGUAACCCCCGUCUUCCUCAGGGUGCUCCACAGCAAUUCCCCUACCCACCAAACUAUGGUACAAAUCCAGGAACUCCCCCCGCUUCUACCAGCCCAUUUUCUCAACUGUCAGCAAAUCCUGAAGCAUCCUUGGCCAACCGCAACAGCAUGGUGAACAGAGGCAUGACAGGAAACAUCGGAGGACAGUUCAGCACUGGAAUCAACCCUCAGAUGCAACAGAAUGUCUUCCAGUAUCCAGGAUCAGGAAUGGUUCCCCAAGGUGAGGCCAGUUUUGCCCCAUCUCUAAGUCCUGGGAGCUCCAUGGUGCCAAUGCCUAUCCCUCCUCCUCAAAGCUCGCUACUUCAGCAAACUCCACCCACUUCUGGGUACCAGUCACCAGACAUGAAGGCCUGGCAGCAAGGAACAAUAGGAACCAACAAUGUAUUCAGUCAAGCUGUCCAGAACCAAGCCACACCUGCACAGCCGGGAGUGUACAACAACAUGAGCAUCACCGUGUCCAUGGCAGGUGGAAAUACCAAUGUUCAGAAUAUGAACCCGAUGAUGGGCCAGAUGCAGAUGAGCUCUUUGCAGAUGCCAGGAAUGAAUACUGUGUGUCCUGAACAGCUGAAUGAUCCAGCACUGAGACACACAGGCCUCUACUGCAGCCAGCUCUCAUCCACUGACCUUCUUAAAACAGAAGCAGAUGGAAACCAGCAGGUGCAACAGGUUCAGGUGUUUGCUGACGUCCAGUGUACAGUGAAUCUGGUAGGCGGGGACCCUUACCUGAACCAGCCUGGUCCACUGGGAACUCAAAAACCCACAACAGGACCACAGGCCCCCCAGGCCCAGCAGAAGAGCCUCCUUCAGCAGCUGCUGACUGAAUGACCACUUUUAAAGGAAUGUGAAAUUUAACUAAUAGACAUACAGAGAUAUACAAAUAUAUUAUAUAUUUUUCUGAGAUUUUUGAUAUCUCAAUCUGCAGCCAUUCUUCAGGUCAUAGCAUUUGGAGCAAAAAAAAAAAAAAAAAAGUUAACUUUUGUUGGGAGAUUGAGAGCUGUUUUUGUUUCUUUCUUUGUAAAGGCCUUGGAUGUUGAAAAAGAUAAGGCAGAACAGUUGGACAAUCUAUUUCUUGAGCCAAAAUUUAAUUAUUCUUAUUUUUAUAAUCAGUCAUUGGCUUCUUAUCUGGAUGAAGGCCUUUGGAGGCAAACCAAGUACCAAGUUCCAAGGGGAAGACGAAGCUCCCUUGCCAGCUCAGCCCUGCCCCUGACAGGAAGACAGGCCCAGGACAGCCCUGUCUGUCCACCAGAGGCUGCCACGCGCCUUCAGCAGCCCACCCCUGCCCCAGCACCAGGCAGCUUGUGUGUACAAUCAGCUUUUCCUCAAGCAACUCUGUAUCUGUUGGUUUCAAAAGAAUAUUUUGCCUCCACAUGUGUACCCCUUCUCCUUUUUUUAAAGAUGGAUUUAAACCAAGAUGCCUCCAAGAAAGAGGAUGCAAUGAGUAUAAUCACAGAAGAAAAAAAAUGCAGUUUGGGGGAAAAUGCAAUAAUUUUUUGAUGAGAUGGGUGAAGGAUAGGAAGUGAUUAAAUCGGGGGAAGAGAAGGCAGCCUGUUCUUUCUGUGUUUAUUGUAACAGCUGAGGUAGCUAAUGUUAUUUAAAAUAAAAUUAAUGAUCCAAGUAGCUUAUUUUUUCCUUAAAUCUCAUUGUAAAUAUAUUUGAUUUCUUGUAGAAACUGUUUUUCUUUUGUUUAAUUUUAUGCUUUUAUUAUCAUACUCUUGAUUUUUCUAAACCAGUGUGUGAAAUAUAACAUUUAUUGAACUGAAGUUACAUUUGGCUAGGAAUAUAUCAUUGUUUUAGUAACUGUGAAGCCAUGUACAGAUUACUUUGGGUCUCAUAUCAAAGUGGCACUGCCAGAAAGAGCUGUUCCAAUUGAACUACAGUAGACUGCCCCAAAGUGUCCAGGAGUACCUAACAUGGGCCCUUGUGCAGAGAGAAGUUAAUACUUAAAAGAAAAUCUGUUUUUUUUUUCUUAGAUUGACUUUCAGAAUUUGAAUUUCCAUUGGGGCAAAUACAAGUUUUUCUAUUCUGCUCUGAUGCUUAAUGGUACCAUGGUUUCCCUUUGUGUCUUGUCGCUCUGCCACAUCCCAUCUCAUGCUGGCCUCUGAGAAAAGAGCCAGUGAACUGACUUUCUAGUUAACAAUAGGCCAGGAACGCUUGAGUAAGGUGUUGUAGAGGAAGCCAGGGUAGACCCCAAUCCCGCACCUUGAUCUGCAUCCCUGGGCCUACGAACGAUGACAACACUGACCUUCUGCACCAGCUACCUCUGCUUGUGCAGCAGAGAAGAGGCCGUGAAAACCUGAUGAGGAGCAUGGACUCAGCCUUCAAGGAAGAAGCCAUUUUCCCAGGUCCUUCAUUCUGUAUCGCACCACCCCUAGUCAUAAGUAACUCACUGGACAGCAUCUACUCAGAAACUACCCUGAAGAAGAAAAACUGGUGGAAGGGCUCACACGGUUAGCAACUAUGAAACAGAACUAGAACACUCAGCUACAAACAUUAUCUCUUUUAGUUUAACCAGAAAAUGCAUCCCUGACUUCAUUCAUUUUACUCUAGUCCCUACGGAACUGCUCUAGGAGGUCACGUCUGUUUUGUUUGUGACAUUUAAAGAGCAGACUUGGGGAAGCCCACCUUUCACUUCAGCAUUCCAGAUGAGGCUCCUGACUCAGUGUUCUUGCAUAAGGACCUAGAAAAGAAAGGUGGUAAGGAAAAUUGGAGUUGCUAACAUCCUGCCCCCCCCCAACCCCACUGCACCUUAAAGUAUGCAUGUCACCUUCAAGGUUUUAUAAUUGCACUGUUUGUUUUAUGUAUGUACAGAUUAAAAUUAUUGCUACAUUUGAAGAAAAUAAAAUUGCUUGCUUCUAUGUAAUUCCUGUCAUUCCAGGAAAUUGACUUUUCCAGCUACUGAAUAGAAUUUGUUUUAACAACCUCAA